AACCUAACCUACACCUACAUCUAACCCCCAAAAUUUUUAAAUAUUUACGUAUGCAUGUACUUGUUUAAUUAAUAAUGGGAAAGCCCACUCAAAGAUAUUUUUCACAACCAUCAGAAACAGAAUCAGAUAAUACGAAAAAUAAACAAUCUUCGGAGACUAAAUGUGAGAAAGUAAUAUCUUAUAAAAUAGAUAAUGUUAAAAAACAACCGUGGGGUAGACGGCAAGCUGAUAGACGUUCUAAUAAAUUUAAGAAAAUUGUAAAACAUAAGCCAAAUCCUACACCUAAAUUUAAGGGCAAAGUUAAACCAUCCAAAGAACUUUUAAAGAAAUAUGAUAAAGGUAAAGGAGUUAACUUAAAAAGUGUUAAAACUAAUGUACAUCAAAAGAAAAUAGAGAGAAAGGAGAAAAACAUUAAAUUUGCAAUAGAAAAAGCUGCAAGUACUGAGGUUUUGUUAACAGAGGAUGUCGGUUUUCUUGAAGCUGACUCUGGUGAGACAACAACACAGUUUACACAAAAACAAAUUGUGAAAUGUGUGGAUAUAGCUUCUGCUGCUAAACAUUUUGAUUUAAACCUAGACUUUGGACCUUAUCGUUCAAAAUACACAAGAAAUGGUAGACAUCUACUGCUGGGUGGGAAAAGAGGACAUGUUGCUGCCUUUGAUUGGGUUACAAAAAAAUUACAUUGCGAAAUAAACGUCAUGGAGUCUGUUCAUGAUAUUAGCUGGCUGCACAUUGAAACCAUGUUUGCUGUAGCUCAAAAAGACUGGGUUUACAUGUAUGAUAAUCAAGGAAUAGAAUUGCAUUGUGUAAAGAAACUCAAUAAGGUGUCUAGGAUGGAAUUUUUACCAUAUCAUUUUCUUCUUGGAACUUGUAGUGAAGAGGGUUAUUUAAGUUGGUUGGACGUCUCUAUAGGUCAGCUGGUCGGUCAGUACAAUACGAAUUUAGGACGACUCUCUAUAUUAACACAAAAUCCGUGGAACGCAACUCUCGCAUUAGGUCACGCUAAAGGUGUGGUUUCAUUUUGGGCACCGAAAUCGAGGGACCCUCUAGCUAAAAUGCUUUGUCACAAGGCGCCCAUUACAGCACUUCAAGUAGAUCCUACCGGAACGUACAUGGCCACAUCUGCCAGCAAUCGCGAAUUAAAAAUAUGGGAUGUAAGGAAACUUGAAGGACCCGUGCAAGAGUAUAAACUUAUAACAGCUGCAAAUAAUUUGAGCUUUUCGCAGAAGAAAAUGUUGGCAAUCGGAAUGGGCAAUGUGGUAGAAGUCUACAGGGAUUGUUGUGCCACGGCAGCAAAAAGGGCUUAUUUGAGGCAUCGUUUCGUCACUCCGAUAAGUAACUUUAAUUUCUGUCCGUAUGAGGAUGUACUUGGUGUGUCUACUGCUCGUGGAUUUACGAGUUUGUUAAUACCUGGAGCGGGAGAGCCUAACUUUGACUCGUUAGAAGCCAAUCCAUUCCAGUCGAAGUCCCAGAGGAGGGAAGCCGAAGUUAAAUCAUUACUUGAAAAGAUACAACCUGAACUAAUAACGCUGGAUCCUACAGCUAUUGCCGAAAUUGAUUUACCGACCUUGAGGGAUAAAGUUGAAGCAAAAAAGAAAUUACUGCACCUCAAACCCCCGAAAAUAAAUUACGAACCGAGGAAGAAAGCGAAAGGUAAAGGAGGAUCCGUCAAAAUGGCAAAGAACAAGAAAAUCUUGCAGGAACAAGUGAGAAAGGAGUUUGUACGGCAGAAGAAGGAACUGUUACCUCGAGAAGAAGAAAAGGACAAAAGACCUACUCACGUUUUAGAUAGAUUUUUGCCUAAAAAAAGCUAGAAUAUAGUAAAGUAAGCAUUAAAUACGUUUUAAAAUUAAUAAUCCUUUAUUUAUUACAUGUCAUCGUUACAAUAUUUAAAAAUACAAAUACUAUUAAAUUACCUAAAAAAAAAAUUGGUCAUUAGGUAGAUGUGAAUAUAUAAAAUAUGUACAUUUCAUAAUUACUUUGGUUUAGAUUAUUUACAAGCAAAAAUCUAAAACUGUACGAGUUUUUAAUCCCUUAUAUCACAAUGCUUUAUCAUGGACGGCGGUAUUCAUAAGAAUUUCUAGUUUUGUAGCUUAUAUAAAAAGUCAAAUAAAUAUCUAUAAAUUAGCUACUAAUUGAGUAUAAACAGACGAGUCUAAUUCAUAAAAUUAAGUACAAAACGGUUAAAAUACCACUUCCCU